GCGCCAUCUUUUGCAAUGGCAACCCUUCGCAGGCUCUUCCAUUCUUCUCUAAUUGAUUCUUUGGGUCAGCAAGACUCCUGGAAGGAACUUUUUGAUGUCGUAAUUGCUAAAGCAAACAAGCCAGACUUUUACAAAUCUGACCAUCCAUUUCGCUGCUAUGAUGUGGAGAAGGACACAUUGGCUUUUACAAAAGUUGAUGCUUUCUUGCCCGGUAAAAUUUACUACCAUGGAUGCCUUAAAGCAUUCUUGCAGAUCACAAAGUGGAAAGGGCCAGAGGUGAUAUAUUUUGGGGAUCACCUCUUUAGUGAUCUCAGAGGUCCUUCAAAAGCGGGGUGGCGGACUGCUGCCAUCAUCCAUGAAUUGAAUAGCGAGAUCAUGAUUCAGAAUGAUAAUUCUUACAGAUUUGAACAGGCGAAGUUUCACAUAAUGCAAGAACUUCUUGGUAGGCUUCAUGCCACCGUAACUAGUAGCGUGAAAAGUGAAGCGUACAAGUCUCUCCUUAGGGAGCUCAAUGAAGAGAGACAAAAGACUCGCUACAAAAUGAAGGGAAUGUUCAAUAAAUCGUUCGGAGCUACAUUCCUCACCGAUACUGGUCAGGAAUCUGCUUUUGCUUACCACAUUCAUCAAUAUGCAGAUAUCUAUACUAGCAAGCCCGAGAACUUCUUGUACUAUCCACCUGAGGCUUGGUUUCACGUGCCCUUCGAUAUAAAAAUCAUGCCACACCAUCUAAAGGUUUCAUCAAAUUUGUUCAGGACUUGAGAUUACAUUUCUCAUACUGCCCAUGCCCAAGAGAUCUUAACUCAGUAUACUAACCAUUACGGCGACCUGGUUAUUCUCCGACACAUUUUCUGGAAGAUGUUGUCGAAAUCUACCAACUUUUACGGCGACCUGGAUAUUCUCUGACGACUCGUUUGCUCGAAGAAAUUGCUGAAAUCUUUUUGGUUGAUUCUUUAGAAUUCUUGUGUUCUGAUAAAAUUAGAACGAUACAGAAAAAAUUAGCGUUUUGGGUGAUUGUAUAUUGCCUUAUUCUUUAUGGUAGCUUUAGUUAUGGUCUAAA